AUGAGUCUCAAGACUGGAUCGGGUCACAUUCCAGCAAUCAGUCCCUUGUUCCCAGAAGCCAACUGUCACUUCACCACAGUCGCAAGAGCCUCCACCAACGUCCGGACCACUCGUUCGCGCCCCUUGACGUCCAUAUCUGCCCCAACGGCUGCCGUCGAAGACUCAACAGUAGCUUGGGAGGCUUCGGCUGAUGUGUGA